AAACAGACAGAGAAAUGUGGCGACGGAUCUCGGAAGACGACAGAGGAGUUGAACACAAUGUGAAACAUUGCUGAAGAUUGUUCAAGAUUGGCCGGAUUUGCAACAAACACACGUACAGUAAUCAAGAUUAAGGGCGAGGAAUUCGUAUGCGCAUUCAUUUGCACUUCUUUAUUUUUAGCCCAAGUGGUGUGCUGCUAAAGUGUGGAUUGUCUGGUGUUGACUGACUGUCAUAGAUACUGGGCGUCGUCAAGGGCACACAUGGCCCAUACAGUGCAGGACCACCAGAUGGCACAGCCCCAGGCAGCAGUGUUGUCUCUCCCUCCCUCUGGCCAGGCUAAAAGAUGGACAGUGUUGGACUCCCUGCUAUGUGGAGCAUUGGCAGGAGCUGUGGCCAAAACAGUUAUAGCUCCUCUGGACAGAACCAAGAUCAUCUUCCAAGUGUCUUCACAAAGAUUCUCUGCUAAGGAAGCCUUCAGACUCCUCUACUGUACAUACAUGAAAGAUGGCUUCCUCAGUCUGUGGAGGGGCAACUCUGCCACCAUGGUGCGGGUCAUCCCCUACGCUGCCAUCCAGUUCUGCUCCCACGACCAGUACAAGAGAAUCCUGGGGGAAUCCUAUGGCUUCCAGGGAAAAGCCCUUACUCCUUUUCCACGUUUCCUGGCAGGGUCGUUGGCUGGCACCACAGCUGCCAUGCUCACCUACCCCCUGGACAUGGUGCGGGCCAGGAUGGCAGUGACACCCAGACAAAUGUACAGCAACAUUAUGCACGUGUUUGUACGCAUUACACAGGAGGAGGGCAUUAAGACCCUGUACAGAGGCUUCUGCCCGACCAUCCUGGGAGUGAUCCCAUACUCAGGAAUCACCUUCUUCACAUAUGAGACCCUCAAGAAACUACAUGCAGAGAGGACUAGGCGGUCCCAGCCGUACUCCUACGAGCGUCUGGCAUUUGGCGCGUGUGCUGGCCUGAUCGGCCAGUCGGCCUCUUACCCGCUGGACGUGGUUCGCCGACGCAUGCAGACGGCAGGGGUGACGGGCCAACAGUACGGCAGCGUCCUGAACACCAUGAAAUCGAUCGUGGUGCAGGAGGGUGUGGUGCGUGGACUCUACAAGGGCCUCAGUAUGAACUGGAUCAAAGGGCCUAUUGCUGUGGGGGUCAGCUUCACCACCUUUGACCUCAUGCACAACCUCCUGCACAAGAUGCACCAGUUGGGAUACUUCACACACUGAGCCAGCAGAGGGAGCCAGAGGAAAGGUUCACUGUUGGGACUAGAGUUGUCGUCCGUCGGUCACAGACACAAUAUGGAUCCUCUGCAAGUCAGAUAGGGAUUGAAAGGGAAGGGUGGAUACUGGACAGACAGAAGGAGGCAGAAGCUGUCAGUUUAUUUAAGCGCACAUCCUCUGACACACAUUAAGCACACACAGCCAGACCACCCACUCUUGCUGUUGAUGGAUGGGAUGUCUGUACUAAGGCUAAAAUAAGUGUCCUCAAACAGGGUAGAUGUGUGCAUGAGUUUGCAGUAUGAGAAUGUGAAUGAUUUUACAUUUCCAGUCCUGAUAUUUGUUUGAGAUUGUGGUAUUAUCUCUGGUAAGGGCACUUAAUGUGGCUGGAGAUAUUCAGAGGCGAAGAACUUUACAAUCGGUUCAUUUUAGUAUGGAAUUUGAUCAACUAUGCUCACAAUGUUUUCUGUUGCUUUAAACUGAAGAUUCACUUAUAUUUUCAAACAUG